AUGUCCCACGGACCACCUCAGCCGCCCCCGGCCAGUCUGUUCGGCUUCGGGCCCCAAGACGCCUUUUCUGCCUUUGAUGCUAUGGCUGAAGCCGACCCCAACAUGAUGUCCUCUCUCCUGGACCCGACAGUCUAUGGGAGCUUUGACGCCAUGUCCAUGAGCGUCGACAACCCCAACGACGACAAUGCCAUGUCCACCUUCAAUUUCGCCGGCAACACCCCCAUGCCCGACGCCAUGGGAGACGAUACGCCUUCCAUGAGCAACAAUUAUUCAAACAAUGGCGACGAUGCUUCCAGUAUCGUUGGCGGCGGGCCUCCACCCGCCGGCGGCAUGAGUUCGCAGGCCAUGCAGCAGGCCGGCAGUACCCUCACCGAAUUCACAAAGAGACGGAACUGGCCCGCGAAAGUGGUCGAGGAGCUCAAGGACUUUCUCCAAAUCCUCGACGCCAAUGGUCGCAUACGAUACGUCUCGCCGAGCAUCCUGAACCUAACAGGCUACACUGCCGAGGAGAUCGCCGACACCUUCCUCAAGGACCUAGUUCACCCAGACGACGUCGGCGUCUUCGUCGCUGAGCUGAACGAGUCCAUAGCAUCGGGAAAUCCCUUGCGCCUGUUCUUCCGGUUCAAGAAGAAGGACGGUAAAUACGCCAUUUUCGAGUCGGUAGGCCAUGCCCACAUUGCGGCCGCCAAAUUUGCGCCGAACCCCCACAACCAAUCACCCUUCUGCCAGGCCGUAUUUAUGAUGUCGCGCCCAUACCCAACAAAGAACGCCGGUCUGCUGGACUCGUUUUUGGAACACAAGAUCGAGAACGAACGCCUGAGGAGACGCAUUGCCGAGCUGCGCAGGGAAGAGGACAUGGAGAAUGAAGAGUCACAGCGGCAGUGGAUGCAGAGCCAGGAGGGCAGGUCGGACAUGACGCCGUCCGAGACUACGAUGACGUCUGCUCCGAGCCACGUCUCUCGUAGCACAGAAACGGGCGACAGGUCUUCUGCCCUCAACGUCGCGCUCACGCGCGAGGCUCUGGAAGGUGUCGCAGGCAAUCGCCCAGAUUCGUUGAAGGACAAGAUGGCUAGAUACGAAGGGACAGCUUCGCACACGGACACCAUCGAGAUGUUGACCGGGCUGAGAUACAUUGAGGGCGAAAGAAGUCGCGGCAUCACGACAGGCAACGCAAGCCCAACACUGAUCAAGGGCGACGCCGGAAUCGCCAUCCCACUCGAUCGCGACCCUCGGACAGGCGACAAGAAGAAGAAGCUCAAGACUUCGGAGGAAUACGUCUGCACGGACUGCGGUACACUGGAUUCUCCCGAAUGGCGCAAAGGCCCAAGUGGACCCAAGACACUAUGCAACGCCUGCGGUCUUCGGUGGGCCAAGAAAGAGAAGAAAAACCGGCAUAGCAAUAGCACCAGUCAUCAGCCAGGUUCGUUGCAGGUCGAGCAUGGAGGAGGCUAG